UUACGCUCAAUUGCUUCCUUAUCUACUCACACAGCAUCAUGGGAAUGGUUGCAGUCUUCCUAUUCUUUUCUUCCGCACUGAUUUCUCAACAAGGCAAAAGCCGUGAAGAUCUUUAUCUUAAGAGCAGAGCAUGCCACCUACGGCCGCACCAUGCUGCGCUUCCUGUGGGACAGCGUCUCCCUGCAGAUGCUCUUCGUCUUCCUCUUUGUCUUCCUGCUCGUCGCUGACUACAUGAAGAGGAGAAAGCCGAAGGACUUCCCCCCCAGUCCUUUUGCCCUGCCAUUCCUGGGAAAUGUGCAAUUUAUGAUUGCCAAAGACCCCGUGGCUGUGGCACAGAAGUUUAUUGAAAAACAUGGAGACAUCUUCAGCAUGCAAGUGGGCAGCAUGUCAUUUGUGGUCGUAAAUGGGCUGCCACUGAUCAAGGAAGCCCUUGUGACCCAGGGAGAGAAUUUCAUGGAUCGCCCAGAAUUUCCUGCAAAUACAGAACUCUUCAAUAAAUACGGGCUGGUCUCCUCCAAUGGGCACCUGUGGAAGCAGCAGAGAAGGUUCACCUUGACCACCCUCCGAAACUUUGGCCUGGGGAAGAGGAGCUUGGAGGAGCGGAUCCAGGAGGAGUGCCGAUUCCUGACGGAUGCGUUCAGGGAUGAGCAGGGAAAUCCUUUCAACCCUCACCUUAAAAUCAACAAUGCUGUUUCAAACAUCAUCUGCUCCGUCACCUUUGGCAAUCGGUUUGAAUACCAUGAUGAGGACUUCCAAAGCUUGCUGCGGAUGAUGGAUGAGACUGUUACUCUCCAAGGGAAGAUAAUGAGCCAGCUGUAUACAAUUUUUCCGUCCGUAAUAAAAUACUUCCCUGGAUCCCACCAAACCAUUUUGAAAAAUGGGAGGCUCAUGAAGAGGUUUGUGUGUGAGAAGAUCAGCAAACAUAAGGAAGACCUGAACCCCUCAGAGAGCCGAGACUUCAUUGACAGCUACCUGCAGGAGAUGGCCAAGCCUGAUGGCAGGGAAUUCCAUGAGGAAAACCUGAUAGAGUGCACUCUCGACCUGUUUUUUGCUGGGACUGAAACAACCUCCACAACCAUCCGCUGGGCCCUGCUGUUUAUGGCCAUAUAUCCAGAAAUUCAAGCCCGUGUGCAAGCCGAGAUCGAUGCUGUCAUUGGGCAGUGCCGGCAGCCAGCCCUGGAGGACAGGAACAACAUGCCCUACACCAACGCUGUCAUCCAUGAAGUGCAGAGGAAAAGCAACAUCAUCCCUUUGAAUGUCCCAAGACAGACAGUGAAGGACACAGUCUUGGCUGGCUUCCGGGUGCCUAAGUCUAUUCUUAGAGAAACAGGCAAAAAACACGGCCAUGCAGUUGGAGUAGAAUACAUGCUUGUGGCAGAUUUGACUAUGGAUGCUCCUUAUAGUGACCAAGAGGGCACUGUUAUGAUUGCAAAUAUAUCCUCUGUGAUGUUUGACAAGAAGGAGUGGGAAACCCCUCACAGUUUUAACCCCCAGCAUUUCCUGAAGGACGGCCAGUUCUGGAAAAGGGAGGCUUUUAUGCCAUUUUCUAUAGGGAAGCGCGCCUGCCUGGGUGAGCUGCUGGCCCGCGCCGAGCUCUUCCUCUUCUUCACGGCUCUGCUCCAGAAAUUCACCUUCCAGGCUCCCCCGGACACCAUCCUCGACCUCAAAUUCACGAUGGGCAUCACCUUGGCCCCGCGGCCCUACAAGAUCUGUGCAGUGCCUCGGUAGGGAGCGCGGCCGCUGUUGUCAGAGGGAGAACUCUCAGCUUUGGCACAGAUGCACAGACUGAGCAUUCACCAGCCACCGUGUGCCUUAGUAACAACCUCCUCACGUGUUCUGUUUCUUUCUAAGCAAAUGCAGAAUAAUUUCUUUUUACAAGCAGAUCUUGCAGACUCUGUCAGAUGAGAAGGUCUAUCAGUACUUGAUGGGCUCGAGCUCUUCUGGGCUUGUAGCCCAGCACUGCCAGUGAAUGAGGAGCUCGGAACAUUCUUUAUUCCAUGCUGGAUGGCCGUACCUCACAGCUGUGGAUCAGUACUGGCAGAGAGCACACCUGAGCUCAUCUCACUAUACUGGUACAAGCAGUAAUUGCAGUCAGUUCCUACUUAGGAAAGCCAUUUGUCAAAAGAAAAAUACCACAGUGCCUUGUGAAAUCUCCCUCUCUUGAGCAGUAAUAAAUCCUGACUGAAACAU